CGAGAGUCCUCACUCAGGCUUGAACGGACACCCCGAGUGCCCCGUGAAAGCAGGCGACAAAAUAAUAUCACGUGAUACAAAAUGGGCAGUCCUCCGACGGGGCUGGAAAAAAGCCAUUUUCUGGCGCUGCUGCAAAUUGUAACCAAGUGCUAAGAACGUAUCUGUGUCUGGGAUCCUCGCUGGGAGGAGAAGGAAGCGUCGAUGUCAAAUCAGAUUUUCCUAGAUGGACAAAAUGCAGCCCAGUAGGAUUAAAAUCACAGAUCUGAAUUCACAUCUCACUUGUCCACUGUGCGCUGGUUACUUGGUUGAUGCUACCACAAUAGUAGAAUGCCUCCACUCAUUUUGUAAAACAUGCAUCGUUGCCUUCUUGGAGACGAACAAGUUCUGCCCUCGAUGCGACGUCCAGGUUCACAAGACAUGUCCACAGCUAAGCAUCAGAGCGGACAAAACUCUACAAGACAUAGUAUAUAAGCUUGUUCCAGGGUUGUUCAAAGAUGAAAUGAAGCGGAGGCGAGAUUUCUACUCGGAGAAUCGUGUACUGGAACCAGGAGAAGUGGUGGAGACGUUUAACAUUGCUGAGGAUGAAAUCAUCAGUCUGUCAAUGCAGUUCUAUGAGAGGAGCAAAACUAACGAGAAGCAGCGUGCAGAGGUGGAUGGAGACAAGUCCAACGGUAAACGCUUCCUGCAGUGCCCAGCAGCGAUGUCUGUCAUGCACUUAGCCAAGUUCCUCAGAAGUAAGAUGGAUAUACCCAGCAACUACAGGGUAGAGGUGUUGUAUGGCGAUGAACCUCUGAAAGACUACUACACACUAAUGGAUAUUGCCUAUUUUUAUGAGUGGAGACGGACUGGACCCAUUCCCCUGCAGUACCUGGUCAAACCCACAAGGAAGCGUAGGAGGCCAUCCCAGUCUGCCGCUCAGGGCCACUCUGAUGGCGUCAACACUAGCCCGACCUCAGAGAGCGAUUCACAAAGCGACAAAGUCCACAGUCCCGCUUCGGCCCAGAUACCUCGAGCCUCGACGCAGUCGAGCCCCGCGCCUCACGCCCUCUCUCCUGCCAACCAGAACUCCAACGGUACCACUGUGCUCAACAACACUCAGCGACACGCUCUCUCCUCCAAACAGGGAACUUCCGCUCGGAAGGUGACCGUCAACGGCACGAGCUCGGCGGCCAGCAAAGAGGAAGCCAGGGGAGAAAAAAGCGCUUUACCUCCUACAACCUAAUGUCUGUGUAUGACAACAGGGAGGACAGUGUUUGGAUUGCUCCCUUCCUUCUACAAAGCAAAAAUGCAAACUGGAGCCUCUUUCCUUUCGGAUUUAAGAGGCAGUUUUCAUCUUUCACCGUGACAGACUGAAAUGUGCAGCCAAAUAGAUACGCGCGUGCGUGCGCCCGCGUUAGACUAGAACAGUGCUCACAUACGGACUGUACAGUAUGUAUCAAGUGUGGGCAUGUGUGCGUACAUAUGUAUAAACUUAUCUUUUAUACAAGACAUUGUAAUCAUUUUGUAUUGUAUAUGCAGUGCUUGUUUCAUUUCCACCUUUCAAUUUGUAUUCCGAUAUCGCCUCUGUAAAACUCGACUAAUUACAGAAGCACAAUGCAGUGAAAAAGACUGCGUCAUUUGGAUAUAUAAAGCUAAACGAUAGCAAUUCUUGCCUCCUCAUGUAAUAACUGCUGUAUAAGUGUUCAGUGUUAUCAAGCACUCAUCAGGUAACACACGUUCAUGACAAAGCCCGUUGAUGCACUUUCCUUUUGUCUGCCACAGUUCAAACCAACAAGUAUUUGCCACCCUGAGAAGCUGUCACAUUUUUUCUAAGCACUUCCACACUCGCUUGUGUCAGACAACCGUAUGUUUGUCUCGUGUCAUUUAGAAGAACUCAAAAGGGAUUUAAUACAAGGCCAUAUGUCAUUUCAUGAAAUUCACCAUUCCUUUCCGUUCCAACAAAAAAAAUCUGCCAUAUGUGCAUGUUUUAGGUCAAUAAAAUGUUUACUACUA